AUGAACGGCGAAGGACAUUCGCGAGAAGGGGGACGGCACGGCAGCUCGAGAGGCGAACGCGAACGAGGCGACCGGGGCGACAGAGACGAGCGGCGCGACCACGGCCGCAGCGAGCGAGAAAGAGGUGACCGGCCGCGGAGACGGUCGCGGUCGCCCGACCACCGCGGUGCACGGGGAUCGCGGCGCGAAGCGAGAGAACCCAGAGAACCCAGAGAACCCAGAGAACCGAGAGACCCGCGCGAAGCGAGAGACUCCCGAGAAGGCGGUGGGGCCGAGCCCGACAGCUACUCAUCGUCACGCAGCCACCGCGACCGGGAACGGGAGGACCGCUACUCGGGCGGCCGGGGCGGUGACCGGCGCGAGCGCGACCCUUGGGGUGGCGGCGGCGACAGAGAUCGUGGCGGCGGUGGCGAUGACGACGACGACGACCGCCACAACCGCAGGCGGCGAGGCGACCGUGGCGACCGUGGCGACCGCGACGACCGUGAGCGCCGACGCAGCGCAUCGCCACCGCCCAAGAAGCGCGAGCCCACGCCCGACCUGACCGACGUCGCGUCCGUGCUCGAGCGCAAGCGCCGCCUGACGCAGUGGGACAUGAAGCCCCCCGGCUACGAGAGCGUCACCGCCGAGCAGGCCAAGCUGUCGGGCAUGUUCCCGCUGCCGGGCGCGCCCCGGCAGCAGCAGCAGAUGGACCCGAGCAAGCUGCAGGCGUUCAUCGCCCAGCCGGCGGCCACCGCGUCCAACAAUGCGGCGGCCGCGUCCGUGCUCAAGCCGACCAACUCGCGCCAGGCCAAGCGGCUGCUGGCGGCCAACCUGCCGGCCGGCACGAGCGAGGACGCGCUGGUGUCCUUUUUCAACCUGCAGCUCAACGGCCUCAACGUGAUUGACGGCUCGGACCCCUGCGUGCAGGCGCAGCUGUCGAGCGACGCGUCGUUUGCGCUCCUCGAGUUCCGGGACGCGGCCGACGCGACGGUGGCCCUGGCCCUGGACGGCAUCGCCAUGGAGGCCGAGGACACGGCCAUGACGGACGGCGGCGAGGCGGCCAACGCCAACGGUACUGCCCAGACGGGCAGCCAAACAGGCAAAGGCCUGCAGCUGUCCCGCCCCAAGGACUACAUUGUGCCCGCCGUCGUCGACUACAGCGGCUACCAGCCGGGCGUCGUGUCCACGGUCGUCGUCGACACGCCCAACAAGAUCAGCAUCACCAACAUCCCGCCCUACCUGACCGACGAGCAGGUCACGGAGCUGCUCGUGGCCUUUGGCGAGCUGCGCGCCUUUGUGCUCGCCAAGGACCGCAGCUCCGACGAGUCGCGCGGCAUUGCCUUUUGCGAGUACGCCGAGCCCGCCUCCACGGAGAUUGCCAUCCAGGGCCUCCACGGCAUGGACCUCGGCGACCGCAAGCUGCGCGUGCAAAAGGCGAGCGUCGGCAUCGCCCAGGCCGCCGGCAUGGAGCUCGGCGUCAAUGCCAUGUCCAUGCUGGCGGGCACCGUCGCCGUCGACGCCACCGACGUCAGCCGCGUCGUGCAGCUGCUCAACAUGGUCACCGCCGACGAGCUGGUCGACAAUGAGGACUAUGAGGAAAUCCGCGAUGAUGUCCGCGAGGAAUGCGAAAAGUUUGGCACAGUCACCGGCCUCAAGGUGCCCCGUCCCACCGGCGGCAGCCGCCAGUCGGCCGGCGUCGGCAAGAUCUUUGUCAAGUUUGAGACGCCCGACAUGGCCACCAAGGCCCUCAAGGCCCUGGCCGGCCGCAAGUUCUCAGACCGCACCGUCAUUGCCACCUACUUCCCCGAGGAGAACUUUGAGGUGGAUGCGUGGUGA